AAUUUCGCAAUUGCUAAUUGCAUGCGUUCGUUAAAAUUUUCACCAUUAACAACCCUAAAUGACAGUUUAAAUAAACGAUAAGUACGGAAUGAACUUUGUUCUUCGUUAAUUUUAGUAUUUUGACGUUGUAAUUUCGUAAAAAUUACCUUGCUGAUAAAAUGUUGGACAUGCCGGACGUUUUGAAGCCAUCUCAACAAGCUAAUCUUAAUGCUAAUGUAAAGAUUGAUGAAUUUGGUCCCAAUUUUAAAGUAAUCAUGAUGAACGACCAAAUAAGAGAACUGCAAACUGUUAUAAGAGACAAAAAUACAAGUAGAAGCGAUUUCGUCUUCUAUGCUGAUCGUUUGAUAAGACUGCUGGUUGAAGAGGGAUUAAACCAGCUUCCUUAUAAAAGAUGUACCAUUACAACUCCAACUGGUGGUACAUAUGAGGGACUGAAGUAUUUAAAGGGAAAUUGUGGUGUGAGCAUCGUUAGGAGUGGCGAGGCAAUGGAGCAAGGACUGAGAGAUUGCUGUCGCUCCAUACGCAUCGGUAAAAUCUUGAUUCAGAGUGAUGAAGACACGCACGAAGCUCAUGUGGUUUAUGCGAAAUUCCCUGAAGAUAUUGCUUCUCGAAAAGUGUUGCUGAUGUACCCAAUAAUGAGUACUGGCAAUACUGUAAUCAAAUCUGUACGAGUUCUAAAAGAACAUGGUGUUAAAGAGGAUAAUAUUAUUCUCUUGAAUUUGUUCUGCACUCCUCAUGCUGCUGAAUCAGUAAUGAAAGCAUAUCCUGCAAUGACAAUUUUGACCUCAGAAGUCCAUCCUGUAGCUCCAAAUCACUUUGGUCAGAAAUAUUUUGGAACAGACUGAAUUUGAAUCUUCAAAUAAUACUCUGAACUUUGUCAAUUGUAGAAGUGAAAAAGCUAGAGAAGCUUAUUAAUUUUGUAUCAAAAUAAUUGUUUGUGUUUUCAACCAGUAUAUUGUAUAUAUUCUAUUUAAAAAAUAAAGAUCUGCCCUUAAUUUGUUUCUGC